AUGUUCUACCUUGGCCCUACCACCGGUGGUCAGUACAUCACCAAGGCCACCUACAACAUGGAGGUUCCCAACCCGCCCACGAACUGGGUCAAGACCGAUGAGACCCAGCGCUGGCUCUCUCUCUGGAUCGGCGUUCAGGACAACCCGAACAACGCCGAUGUGCUCAACAUGAACUUUGUCCAGCCCCUUCUCAAUUGGGGACCCGACAACUCCGUCUGGGGCUGCAGUGCUCCCAACACACAGUGGUGUGCUGCUGCCAGCACUUACCAGCCCAGCGGUCAAAUUGGUCAGGCCUACGUCCCGGUCAACAAGGAGGCCACCCUUGAGUUUGAGAUUUCUCUCAACUCCUCCACCGACAUGAUCGACCAGAAGAUCUGGCAGAACGGAGACCUCAUUUCUUCCGAGUCUGACUCAAAGGGCAUGAGACCUGCCGUCUUCUACUCUGGCAACGAAUGCUACGGCGAUGGCUGCGGUACUCUCCCCGCUUACAAGUACACCAACAUCACCCUUGUUUUCGACAAGGCUGUGACCAACUUGGCUGACAUUAUCUCUUACACCAACGCUACCCACACGGAAUGGCAGACGAAGGACAACGGCAUCACCUGGACCAUCGACUCCAUCACCAUCGCGGAGGACAACUUGACGGAAUAA